UAAUGAACCAAACCUGAUAACCCCACAUAUACUGAUAAGACCAUCAAGAAAUUUUUAAAAUUAGACUGACAAAAAUAAUUUAUAAAAUAGUUAAAUACAUAUAGAACCAGUUGUCAAUAUGUGAACAAAUAUUAUAUUUACAAAAGCCAGAAGUAUCGGUAUGUGCUAGAAGUCCAAAAGUGUAAUAGAGGAAUACAUAUCAAGGGCUGGUCUAUGCACAGUUUUUGUACUGCGCUUAAACUAUAUAUUGGUUUCUAAAUCAUUAUUUUAGUUAAAGCAAUACAAAAAACUGUGUUUAGACAAGCCCAAAGUUCUGUUUCUUAGGCCCUGUCUACACUGGCAAGUUUCUGCGCAGUAAAGCAGCUUUCUGUGCUGUAACUCCUGACAUGUACACACUGCCAAGCCACUUAGUGGCAGAAACCGUGCAGUUGUAGCACUUAAAAAAAAAACACUCCAACAAGAGGUGUAGAGCUUUCUGCACCAGGGCUACUGCACUGCAGUGCCAGUGUAAACACUGUGGUCGAUUACAGCGCUGUGAUUGGCUGCCAGGAGGUGUCCCACAAUGCCUGUUCUCACCUCUCUGGUCACUGGUUUAAACUCUACUGCCCUGUUCUCAGGUGACCAACUGUCAUCCCCACCCCAUAAAUGCCCUUGGAAUUUUGAAAGUCUCAUUCCUGUUUGCUCAGUGAUACAUGCAGUGGUCUCAGUGCAUCUUUCCAGGUAACCAUGCCUGCUCCACGCACCAGGUGAUCCGCCACUUGGAGCAAUGCUGAGCUGCUGGACCUCAUCAGUAUUUGGGUAGAGGAGGCUGUCCAGUCCCAGCUGCGCUCCAGCCAUAGGAAUUAUACCUAUGGAGAGAUUUCACGAUGCAUGACAGAAAGAGGCCAUGACUGGGACACAUUGCAGCGUAGGGUCAAAGUGAAGGAGCUGCAGAAUGCCUACCACAAAGUGCAGGACGCAAACCGCUGUUCUGGUGCUGCACCCACUAGAUGCUGGUUCUACAAAAAGCUGGACACGAUACUCAGUGGCGACCCCUCCUCCACUACAAAGACCACUGUGGAUACUUCGGUGGCUCAUGUGCCAGUUGAGAGUGGACCGAGCCACGAGGAGGAAAUCUUGGACAAGGAUGUGGAUGGAGACGGGUUCCCAGAGGCAGAGGAUGACUCAGAUCAGAGAUGCUUGCAGCCAGGAGCUCUUUUCUACCCUGGAGGAGGCUAGCCAGUUACAGCUGUCAGAGAUUGGCGAAGUGCAGACAGAAGAGGAGGCCCCUGAGAUAACCUUGGGAGCCCAGCCUCUCUCUUUGUUACUGCCGGCUGAACGGCUGCACAGAUUUAGAAAGUGGCAAAGAAGAACUAAGAAGGAUUUUCUGCAUGAUGUUAUGAUGCACUCCGCUGCUGAGAAACAGGAAUUGAAGGAGUGGCAGGACAGCGAGAAGACAGACCGAAAGGAGAACGUGGGCAUGCCAGAAUGCAGCCAUGGAGCGGCUCUUAAAGGUUAUGGAGUGCAAAGCAAACACACUGCAGGCGAUACUAACUCUUCAAACCAAACAGCUCUGCGCCCACCCUCCCCUGCAGCCGCUGUCACAAAACUCUUUCCCAUGCACCCCCCAGACACCGCCAAGACUCUUAUCAACCUCCUGGCUCCACUGCAUUCCACUCCUCCCCCCUCAAAGUCCAGCACUGCAGACUCCCACUAACCACUGCACUCAACACCCAUCCCUAUGCAGUUUGGCCCUGCUGAAGUACAGUACUUGCUGCACUGUACACUAUCCUGAGACCCCUCCUCCUCGGACCUUCCCUUCCCCAUCCCUCUCGCUGUUGCUGAUUUUUUUUUGUUUUACUCUUUCCUUCAGUUGUUGUCUUUUAAUACAAGAAUUGUGUUGGUUUGAAAGCCAUUUUUAUUCUAUUAAUUGAAAGCAAAAAGAGC